GAGUCUCUGCUUUAAAAUCUCAAUAAUUGGUCUCCCUUUUAAAAUCUAGAUAGAAAAUGGGAGACUGUUGGCCCCCUCAUUUCUCAUUGUGAAUUUUAAAGACUCCAGUUAAUGGCUACAAUGAUUCAUCAUUUUCAAUAAAGAGGUUUUUAAAUGUGUAUAUUUGUAUCAAUCACAUGGAACAACCAUCCCUCCUUUAAAUGCAUGUUCAGAGUCUGUAGACUGUGUGACCCAAGGGUGCUUAUAUAACUAAAUGUGGGUCUCUGGGUGUAAAUACGUGUUUAUGAUUUUUAUAAUAUAUAUGUCUGUGGGUUGCAUCUAACUCCUGUGUGUGUAAUAAUGUUUUUCUCUCUGCUGAGGCUUACUUCUGCAGCCUAUUGUUUGAGACAACAGAUAUAAGUUGCGAUGGGAGAGGAGCGUCGGAUUUGGUGUGUAUCCCCCAUUUCCAAUUAUAGAUGGAUCAUUACAGACAGCAGAGUCCUGAGAAGCCAGACAUCUGCUCCUCACAUGAAUGCACUCACCUCCUAGAGACCAGGCUGCCAUCAUGCUCUGGAAGCUCGUGGAGAAUGUCAAGUACGAAGAUAUCUAUGAGAUGUUAGUCCACACCUAUUCAUCCAUGGACCGGCACGAUGGCGUCCCGAGCCACAGCUCGAGGCUCUCCCAGCUGGGCUCGGUGUCCCAAGGACCUUACUCGAGCGCCCCGCCGCUGUCCCACACGCCGUCGUCAGACUUCCAGCCGCCCUACUUCCCGCCCCCCUACCAGCCGCUCCCUUACCACCAGAGCCAGGACCCCUACUCCCACGUCAACGACCCCUACUCCCUGAACCCACUGCACCAGCCCCAGCAGCAUCCCUGGGGACAACGGCAGAGGCAAGAAGUGGGUUCCGAAGCCGGUUCUCUCCUGCCCCAGCCUCGGGCCGCCUUGCCCCAGCUCUCCGGCCUCGACCCCCGAAGGGACUACCACUCGGUCCGCCGGCCGGACGUGCUGCUGCAUUCUGCGCACCACGGCCUGGACGCGGGCAUGGGUGACAGCCUCUCGCUGCACGGUCUUGGGCAUCCAGGAAUGGAAGACGUACAGUCAGUUGAAGAUGCCAAUAACAGCGGCAUGAAUCUAUUGGACCAGUCUGUGAUAAAAAAAGUUCCAGUUCCUCCCAAAUCUGUGACUUCUCUGAUGAUGAAUAAAGAUGGCUUCCUGGGAGGCAUGUCCGUCAACACCGGCGAGGUGUUUUGCUCAGUCCCUGGCCGUCUGUCUCUGCUCAGUUCAACUUCAAAGUACAAAGUAACGGUGGGGGAAGUUCAAAGACGGCUUUCGCCCCCUGAAUGCCUCAAUGCGUCUCUCCUCGGCGGCGUCCUCAGAAGAGCCAAAUCGAAAAAUGGGGGGAGAUCUUUGCGAGAAAGGCUAGAAAAAAUCGGUUUGAAUUUACCCGCGGGCAGGCGCAAAGCAGCAAAUGUCACGUUACUCACCUCCCUGGUGGAAGGAGAAGCUGUUCACUUAGCUCGGGAUUUUGGAUACAUCUGCGAAACAGAGUUUCCUGCCAAAGCUGUUUCCGAGUAUUUGAACCGGCAGCACACGGACCCCAGUGACCUGCACUCCCGAAAGAAUAUGCUGCUGGCCACCAAGCAACUUUGUAAAGAAUUCACAGAUCUGCUGGCUCAGGACCGGACGCCCAUAGGCAACAGCAGGCCCAGCCCUAUCCUGGAGCCCGGGAUCCAGAGCUGCCUCACGCACUUCAGCCUCAUCACGCACGGCUUCGGCGCCCCGGCCAUUUGCGCCGCGCUCACGGCCCUGCAGAACUAUCUCACCGAGGCGCUCAAAGGCAUGGACAAGAUGUUCUUGAACAACACCACCACUAACAGGCACACGUCUGGGGAAGGCCCAGGUAGUAAAACUGGCGACAAGGAGGAGAAACACAGGAAAUGAAAAAUGUUUAAAAGGAAAAAAAAAUGUUUUAAAUACAAAAGGAAAACAGAAAAAAAUAAUUUUAGCUUUAAAAUAUUGGAUUGGCUUUGGAAGAAUUAUAUUAGGUAGAAUACACAUACAAUCAAAAUUAAAACAAAAAAAAGCUAAGUAACUUAAAAACUGAGGCGCACAACGGAGCAACAGUAUCGGUUCUCAGUGUCUAUUUCAAGAUACACUUGGAGACAACCGUCCGGAUUGUCCACUUCGGUUCUUUCGAGCUUAGUAAUACUGAUAAUAAAAGAAAACCAUGAUUUUUUUCCCCUUUGGAAAAUAAACGUAAGACUAAACAUGAGAAAACGCUAACUUAUUGGAAGAAAAUCGGAGAACUGUUGGUGUCAGUGCUUUGACAGCUGGUUGACUGAGACGCACGAACUUUUUAAUUUUUAAUAUUUUUUUAGGAUACUGUCUCGCAGUCCCCGCCCUUUCCCCUCACCUCACUCCUCUUCCAAGUACCCUUUUCUACGUUGCCUUCCCCUCCUCAAGCUGUCACGGGAAUCUUCCGGGAUGAACGCGAGUGUGGUUAGCCCUUUUGCAGUGUAUUUCAGUCGCCUCGGUCCCGCCCCGCCCGCCCGCGUUUUAAACUCACCGGUGCCCAGCAUUCCCCCUACCACCCCCCCCCCCCCCCCGCCGGCUGUGCGCAUACUUAGGGAGGGCGAGGGCGGGCGCGGCAGGAGGCCCGCGGAGAUGCAGGCGGUGGCUGCAGCUUUUGGUGGCGCCGCCAGGCAGAGGCUUCCGCAGCUGAGGAGAAUCCGGACCAAUAAGUUGAUUCAGACUCAUCAUCAGUUCCUUUCAGAAAUGUUACUAGUUCCCAGCCUUGCCAGCAUCAGCAUACAGAGAAUCUCGCAUUUGUUAUAAUAUUUGUGUCAUCUACCAAUUUUGAGUAUAAUAGUAAAAAAAAAAUGAAUACGUUGAUUAGUAUGUAAUUCCUUCGGAGGGGUAUGUACCAUUUCAAUUCUCUUCUGUUUUCCAAAGCUUUGCCCGCAUGGUUUAUGAGCUUCUUCAAAGAGGACUGGGGCUUCCUACACAAACUAUAAUACAGAGAAAAAAAAAAUCUGAUCCCUUUUUAAGAUCAAGCCUGUGUUUACAUCAGUCUGCAGUGCACUUCUUUAAAGAGCUCCAAUAAUAUUUAAAGUGGCUCAGUUGAUCGCUCUUUGAGUCUAGUUUUGCUAACAGAUACCUCACACAAAGUUCUGGGGGACAGGGUGAGCUGCAAAAUGAAUUUUAGGGAAGAAAAAAUAAGGGUUCUUGAGUUCAAUAUUUUAACAAUAUUACCUUGUCAUUAAAAUGGAUUCUAUUUCCUCGGGCUCCUUGGCGAUUGCUGUUUUGGCGGGCAAAUGAGCAGCUUUGGGAGUGGUCAUGGGGAGAAGGGUGGUGCAAGCUUCCAUGUCUAGGCAAAAAUUGCUUCCUUACAAGAUGCUCUAUGAAUGAGGCAUUUCGCCCCACCCCCCAGCGUGCACUUGUUUUGGCAUAUAAUGGUAAAAUAAUGCAAAGUGAAAGAAGAUGUAUUUCAGCUUUGAAUUUACUGUCUGGAUACACUGGGACUGUUCCCAGUAAGUAAAGUUUCAUGCAUUUAAUAUUUCUCACUUCUGGCAGCCCUGCUCCUUUCUGGGGCUUCACCUGAGCCUUAUCAUGAAAUAAGAACUUGAACCCAUUGUCCCUGCCCUCCCAAAAGCAGUGGGAAAUCCCCAGGUGUGUGUGGGGGGGGGGGGUGUGAGCUAGGUCUCUAAAUUUAGUAUCCAUACCCGCACCUCUUUAUACAAAGUAUAAGUUAGGGCCUUUGCAACAUCCCUUGAAGAUAAAGACCCAGAUAUCUGUUCCACAAGGCUUACAGGAAAGACCCUCUGGGACUUUCAGUUCUGCCACCCAGAUGGGUCUUGGGCUUGGUGGGCGGGCAGGGGAGGGUGGUGUGGAGGGUUUGGUUUAGGAACGUGUUGAGAUCUUUGCGCUGACAUUUUAUAAGGGAGGGAGUUAGUGAGCUGGUUUCAGGUCACCAGGAGGGCCAAAGCAUAGGUUAGUGUCUCACUUCUGCCUAUUUACCGCCAGCUCCUUUUGGAGGCUCAGCCCUAGAAGAGUUGCAGUACCAAGGUCGGGAACUAGACGUUAUGGAGAAUGUAGACACUCCAUCUCUCCAGCUCAGAAGCCUGCGCCUUAGUCUGAGGGCCUGGCCGUUUGCAUUAGAUGUAUUCUGAUUGCGAAGGGCCAGGAGAAACCACACUGAAAACCAUCAUCUCCUUUCCUUGCAGGGCAACGCGCCCCACGCGUGUGACGUGCGAGGGACGCGAUGGACGCGCCUUGCUCUUACUGUGCAGGUCCUGAGAGCGUGGGGGCCACUCGCACCCAGUCGUGUUGAGGACAUAGAAUCAGCCGCUGCAGGGGCCACGGGCCGCGUGGGCCUUUGCUGCUCUCGGUCUGAUCUUAAGGGCUAAGGCGACCGAGAUAGCCCCAUUCUCCAGUAGGUAAUGGGGCGGCGCCCCAAGGGCUGCAGGCAGAGAGGGGUCUCAGCGCUGCCCAGGCCCUUUGCUACCAGCGGCCACCUCGGGGCGCCUGCUCCAGGAGUGCGAGUGCCCUAGAAAUGUCGAGAGAACCAGAAGCUUCCCGGGGCUUUGCCAGGACGAAAACUCUCCAUCCUCAGGCUCCUAAAGGCAGGUGAUGGGAUAGAAAUGGUCUUAACUUGGCUACGACGACUUCCGUGGCCCUUCGCCAUUCAUUCGUGCGCCCCACCACCCCAUCCAGCGAAGUGGAGCUGAGUGCCGGUCUCCUCCGCCCCACCACGACCCCAGUGGUGGCAGCCCACUGGCUCCUCACCUUCCCUCACUUCUUUUAUGUAACACCUCUGCCCCCAUUGUUUUCGUUAGCCAGGCCCUCUAUGCUUAUCUCACAAUUGAGUUAUUAAAAGAUUUGGUUUUCUUGGGCCCAUAAAUCAAUAAACAGGAUUAACUCAAGAGUUGGCCUUUUAAAUAAAGGGAAACAUUUAAAGCAAGCCUUUUUGAGCUUCGUUUUCAAACCAAGCAGGUGAACUGCCACUCUCCCUCCACCCUCCAUUUUUUAGAUAAUUUAGACAGCCCCAUGCCCUUCCCAAAUGCCUGGUCUCAAACCAAAAUGGCUCAAGAUAGAAAGGAGUCAGGAUGUGGCAGUGCUGCCCUCACACAUUCCACUUUGCAAGUUCCUCUGGAGGUUCUACAGGUCUUCUGACCAUUCUGUGCGCACCACUGCCUCUUCCUACAGGAACUGUGCGUCUCACCGGGAGCUCCCCCUCCUCUACCCCGCAAAAAAAGAUGCUGCUGGGUGAGGAUUCUAUAUCAAAGAAAUCUUGAACUUCUCCCGGAAACUGGGGAUGUACCCACCCCUGCCUUGCCCCAAUUAUCUUGCAUUUUCUCUCCUCCUGUCAGGUUCCACAUCCUUAGCUUUCUCCACCCCCCACAUGAAGAACCUAGGAGGCUUUUCAAACACCAGACUCUUAUUUUCUUUGGCUGAGGAAAACACUUUCUCUCAAGCAAUUAUUUCAUAUCCUAAGAAAAUUUUGGUCAAAUGGAAACCCUGAAACCCUGAAGUUACCUACACACUGUUCCUGCAGUACAAAGCCUUACUUAAAAGGGCAACACAUUCUGAUGGAGACUGUUUAUAGAGCAUUUGUCAUCAAAUCUGAUAUGCUGUAUGCACGGUACAUUAUAUGGAAAGGAAAUAACCUAAACCAUCCAAUGUUGCCUCAAGAACCCAAAUGGUGUUUUUCCCUCCUGGGCCAAUGCCUGUUAAAUUGUCAGGGGGAAAAAGACAGAAGAAAAAUAUAAAAAUUAAUUUGUUUUCUUUUAAAAGUAGACUGAAAACUAUUCUUUAAAUGCCAAAAUUGACUCCUCUGUUGAGUUGGUCUCUAGUUCACUAACAUUGUUUUGCCACACAAUCAAGAAAUAUCAAUCUAUUGACUCUUCAGGAGAAGAGCUCUGGAAGGUAUCCAUGUUAAGUUUGUAUAUAUUUAUUUAUGCUUAAUUUAAUGGGAAUGUGUAAAUAUGGCGAGCAAGUAGUUUGGGAUUAUUUAUCUGUGAAUCUAUACCUCUGUGAAUGGGUGGUAAAAAAAAAAAAAACGCUUGACCCUAGAUAGAAUGCUAUCUGAAUUUUCUGUUCUUUUAGACAAACUGUUAUGGUAAUGGGUAGAAAUUGGUUUAUUGUCUAGUGUUGAUCUGAUUUACAUAAAUAAAGAUCAUUGUGUUUUU